ACCCAAUCCCUUCUCUUUAUAACUCACACACCCUAGCCUCGGCAGCAAGCUAAGAAGCCGGCGACGAGUCAACGACGCAAAACGAACCGGAAAUCACCGAUCGGAGACGACAACACUGACAACAAUCCUUCACCGCUGAAAUUAUUUGAUUUCAUACUAUGUCUCGAAGGUACGAUAGUCGUACGACGAUCUUCUCCCCUGAAGGUCGUCUAUACCAGGUUGAGUAUGCAAUGGAGGCCAUUGGAAAUGCAGGGUCUGCAAUUGGUAUAUUGUCCAAAGAUGGGGUCGUCCUGGUAGGUGAAAAGAAAGUCACUUCCAAACUCCUUCAGACCUCAACCUCAACCGAGAAGAUGUAUAAAAUUGAUGACCAUGUAGCUUGUGCUGUGGCUGGAAUAAUGUCUGAUGCCAACAUCCUUAUCAACACAGCCAGGGUCCAAGCUCAGCGCUACACUUAUGCUUACCAAGAACCAAUGCCGGUUGAACAGCUUGUUCAGUCUUUAUGUGAUACUAAGCAAGGCUACACGCAGUUUGGUGGGCUUCGUCCAUUUGGUGUUUCGUUCUUGUUUGCAGGCUGGGACAAGAAUCUUGGUUUCCAGCUCUACAUGAGUGAUCCCAGUGGCAAUUACGGUGGUUGGAAGGCCGCAGCAAUUGGAGCAAACAACCAGGCUGCACAAUCAAUGCUUAAGCAGGACUACAAGGAUGAGAUCACAAGGGAAGACGCCGUGCAGCUUGCUCUGAAGGUGCUCAGUAAGACGAUGGACAGCACGAGUCUUACUUCGGAUAAGCUUGAGCUGGCUGAGGUAUUUCUCUCUUCUGGAAAAGUGAAGUACCAGGUGUGCUCGCCCGAGACCCUGAAUAAACUGCUAGUGAAGUUUGGAGUGACUCAACCUGCCACUGAGGAUUCUUAAGUUGUGUUUUUUGUUUUUGGGAUGUGUCUCUGGACUAAUGUGCGUUUACUUUUCAAUCUCUUAAAGUUGUAUGGUUUCUAUGAUUUCACAAAACCUAUAAUUGAUUUUGCUCUGUGACUGAUUGCCUGCAAGAGACAUGAUUUAUAUUUAAAUCAGGCAUUGGUGUAGAACUUAGCAGAAUCUCUCUAUUAUAAAAUGUUUUAUUGGUGGCAUUA